AUGGGAUGGCGAUGGGCUCAACGGCUUCUUUCCGGAGGGCUUCUUCUUGCGAAUGUUCAUGCUCAGUACGACUUCCCGCUGGACAGCUGUGCCUGUCAUAUCUUCUACGAGCACUGGGUGCAGAUGCAGCUGGUCAUCUCCCGCACGUUUACAGAAGACUUUGCAGACAAGGCGAUGGACGAAACCUCUGGCAUCCGCGAGGCCAUCACCUUCGACUCCUGUCGAGACUUGCAGAAGGAGGAGAAUAGCUUGGGCUGGACUGCAACCACGGCAGCGGCGACAGAUUGUGCACCCGGUCAGAUGAGCACGUUCAUCAUGUGCUCGCAGCUGGCCCUUCUCCGUGGAGACCUCGAGGCAGCUCUCCUCUGGUCCGACAUUGCAAACUACAUGCUCCCUUUCGCGGCGUCAUGCAUGGACGUGGUGCAAUGGACCAUCAGUCCAGAGGACUUCUCUGCCAGAUCCGGCUGUACAAUACUUGUCAAAACAAACAGUGUCUUUAAGAGUUUCAGGGUCUGCCCAUUAAAGAGGAGACGUUGCAGCACCCUUGUCUGA